AUGGGACAGACACAGCAAACAGAGAACGCAGAAGAAAUUGAUGUUAAAGCGCUGCAGGAUAUGUAUAAAAAAUUUGUGACAGAAUGCCCGAGUGGAGUACUUUUUCUACAUGAAUUCAAGCGUUUCUUUGGCGUGGACCCAACCGGUGAAGCAUCGGAUUACGCUGAGAACAUGUUUCGAGCUUUUGACAGUAAUGGGGACAACACUAUUGAUUUCCUCGAAUUUGUAGCUGCACUGAAUCUUGUUUUUCGAGGUGACAUGGAGCAUAAAUUGCGCUGGUCAUUCAAGGUGUAUGACAAAGACAGCAAUGGCUACGUGGACAAAGAUGAACUCCGGUCAAUAAUCAAUAGCAUUUAUUGUGCAAACAAAGGCACAAAGACAGACACAAAUGAGUCCCACUUGACAGUAGAUGAUGCUGUGGAACGAAUACUGAAGGCUGUUGAUAGUGAUGGGGAUGGUUGUAUCAAUAUGGAAGAGUUCAUUAGAGGUGCACAGCAGGACCCUUGGGUCCUUAACAUGUUGAAGUUGGACAUAAAUCCUUCGCUAUGGAUUCUCGACAAAAGGAGAAAGAGUGCACACUUUUAA